CAGCGAGGUCUUCUUGUUUGCUCCUCCUCCGGCAGUCCUCGUCAAGACGGUGGCGAGCCUGCCGCGCGCAGAGCCUCAUCCGUCCCAACUCCCAAAUCGACCCGAACCCAUUGCAGACCAAUUCAUGCCAUGGCUGGUGCGGCGCCACCCGCCCUGCGCAUGUCGCACGCGCAAUUCAUCGAGCACCUUCGCUGUGCGGCCUCGUCAGUCCGCACCCGUCGCGCCGGCGACGCUCUCCACGGCUGGGCGCUCAAGUCCGGCGCAGCCUCCCACACGCCUGUCUCCAACUCUCUCAUCACCUUCUACUGCUCCCCCCCGCGGCCCCUACUCGGCGCAGCCUUUGCCGUCUUCGCCGACAUCCCCGCCGGCUUGCGCGACGUCGCCUCGUGGAACUCCCUCCUCAACCCGCUCUCCCGCCACCAGCCCCUCGCCGCUCUCUCCCAUUUCCGCUCCAUGAUGUCCUCCACCGACGCCGUCCUCCCCACGCCGCACUCCUUCGCCGCCGUGUUCACUGCCGCCGCCCGCGUGCCCUCCGCGUCCGCUGGCGCCGUCGCACACGCGUUCGCGUGCAAGCUGCCGUCCUCCUCUGGCUCCAAUAACGUCUUCGUCUCGACCGCCCUUCUCAACAUGUACUGCAAGCUGGGAGCUAUUUCUGAUGCCCGGAGGGUGUUUGAUCAAAUGCCACAUCGGAAUGCGGUGUCCUGGGCUGCCAUGGUGUCAGGGUAUGCCACAGGGAAGUGUUCUGAGGAGGCUUUUGAGCUCUUCCGGCUGAUGCUUCAGGAGUGCCCAUUGGAGAAAAAUGAGUUCGUCGCCACAGCUGUUCUUAGCGCAGUUAGCGUGCCACUGGGUUUGCUUAUUGGGGUGCAGUUGCAUGGGCUGGUAUUGAAGGAUGGCUUGGUGGGAUUUGUGUCCGUGGAGAAUUCACUUGUCACAAUGUAUGCCAAGGCUGAGUGUAUGGAUGCAGCAAUGGCGGUGUUUGGCUCAUCUAAGGAGAGGAACUCCAUCACAUGGUCAGCAAUGAUCACGGGGUAUGCUCAGAAUGGGGAAGCAGAUUGUGCAGCUACGAUGUUCCUACAGAUGCAUUCGGCAGGUUUCUCACCAACUGAAUUCACCUUUGUUGGGAUACUGAACGCAUCCAGUGAUAUGGGCGCAUUGGUGGUUGGGAAGCAGGCACAUGGUUUGAUGGUGAAGCUUGGGUUUGAGAGGCAGGUUUAUGUGAAGAGUGCACUGGUGGACAUGUAUGCCAAGUGUGGCUGUACUGGUGAUGCGAAAGAUGGGUUUCACCAAUUGUAUGAUGUCGAUGAUGUUGUCAUUUGGACAGCGAUGAUUACUGGGCAUGUGCAGAAUGGGGAGCAUGAGGAAGCGCUGAUGUUGUAUUCCAGGAUGGACAAAGAGGGUGUUAUGCCCAGUUAUUUAACUGUAACUAGUGUACUCAGAGCAUGUGCGUGCCUUGCAGCACUGGAGCCUGGGAAGCAAUUGCAUGCACAAAUCUUGAAGUGUGGAUUUGGUUUGGGGGGCUCUGUUGGAACAGCUUUGUCUACUAUGUAUUCAAAGUGUGGAAACCUUGAAGAUAGCAUGGUUGUGUUCCGAAGGAUGCCUGAUAGGGAUAUUAUUUCAUGGAACUCAAUUAUUUCUGGUUUUUCACAACAUGGGCGUGGAAGGGACGCACUUGACCUGUUCGAGGAGAUGAAGCUAGAGGGAAUUGCACCAGAUCAUAUAACAUUCAUUAAUGUCUUAUGUGCUUGUAGCCACAUGGGCUUAGUUGACAGAGGCUGGUUUUAUUUUAGGGCAAUGAGCAAAGACUAUGGUUUAAUUCCUAAGCUUGAUCACUAUGCUUGCAUAGUUGAUAUUCUUAGCCGAGCAGGCCAGUUAAAAGAAGCAAAGGACUUCAUAGAAUCAAUAACUAUUGACCAUGGAACAUGCCUAUGGCGUAUAGUCCUAGGGGCAUGUCGCAGUCUACGAGAUUUUGAUGUUGGAGCAUAUGCAGGUGAACAACUGAUGGAAUUAGGUACUGAGGACUCAUCUGCUUAUAUAUUGUUAUCAAACAUUUAUGCUGCCCAGAGGAAGUGGAAUGAUGUUGAGCGGGUGAGACAUUUGAUGAGACUCCGAGGUGUUAGCAAAGAUCCAGGGUGUAGCUGGGUUGAGCUUAACAACCAAGUUAAUGUGUUUGUUGUUGGGGAACAGCAACACCCUGAAGCGGAAAAAAUAAAUGUAGAGUUGAUUAGGCUAGCGAAACACAUGAAGGAUGAAGGGUAUCGUCAAACAUAUAAAUUCCUGUUUGACGAUGAACUGGAUGCACUAAGAGAACGUCAUGAAGAACAACAAUUGGAGUUGAUAUCAACAGCGUUUAGCUGAGUUCCCAAGUGAUUGGAUUCCUACAUUUAUGAUUACCUGUUGAAGAGGAACCUGCAGAACACGGCGAAGGCAUUCCAAGCCGAAAGCAAUGUGCCUCCGCUCCUGUUUCGAUCGAUGCACCAGGGGGGUUUCUCUUUGAAUGGUGGUCGGUUUUCUGGGACAUCUUCAUUGCAGGGACGAACAAGAAGCAUUCUGAUUCUGCCACUUCUUACCUUCAGUUGCAUUGUCUUGUACUCUUGUGCUCCUUUAUAUGAUGGCAUAUAAAUUUGUGCCCACACAGUCGAUUAAAGCAUGGGAGCAGCAGCAACAAUCGCACCACCAGAUCCAGCAGCGGCUCUUGCUACAGAGGCAUGCACAACAGUAUCCGCAAGAGCAGCAGCAGCACCGGCGGCAGCAGAAGCAACAGCCGCGCAGCUAAAACACUGAUUUUACAACUAGUGCCCCGAAUGGUACUGUUGCUGCUGAUCCACCAGUGUGACAAAAUGAUAUAGCUGCAAGUGCUUUAUCUGCAAAGAUAUAUGAGGAUAGGAUGAAAAUUACUGUUCAGAGGGAUGUUUCAGAAGAGGCUUCGAUGAAGAGCCACACUAAGGAUGUUGAUUCCUUGUGCUGGGAUCCCACUAGCGAAUAUGUGGUGUCCGUCAGUGAAGAUACAGUGAAGGUGUGGUCUUUGAACGAUGAGAGCUUUGUGAAUGAGCUUAACUGCGGCGGGAGAAAGUUCACUUCAUUCUCCGGGCUCUGGACAUGUCUGAGGACCGGAGCAUGACCAUUGCAGGGCACGACAGCCUCGUCAAGCAGCAGCGCUGCGCCGGUCGCAACGUCCCCCACCCCGCAGGCUGUGCGCCGCCGACGCUAUCUACGGCCGUGCCAGGGAAGACGUACCGCCUCCACGUCGACAGCCUGACGUCGCUGUCGGCGCUCAACUUCGCGAUCGAUGACCACUCCAUGACGGUGGUGGAGGCCGGCGGCCAUUACGUGAGGCCCAUCGUCGUGGACAGCUUCUACAUCUACUCCGGCGAGUCCUACGAUAAAGAUUUCGUUUAAUAUAAAGUGGGAUCAUCGGUCAUUCGAGGUGUGCUAAUUUUCUAACGGUACAUAAGGGGCGCACACACUGAUUUUUUUUUACUAAUUAGUCCUUUAUUUUAUCAAAAUUUCACAUUUAUAUAUCUGAGUGUCAAAAAAACCCAUGUUUAGACCCUUUUCUCAACUAGUCUAAAUAAUGUAUCUCUGUAAUCAUCGACGAGGGCUAGCUUGUGAAAACUCGAGUUAGUUUCCCAUCAUAAUCAUAAGUGGAUAGACCAAUUAUAAACA